AUGUCAGUAACAAACCGUACAGUUGAGACAGUUGAGACGGAAGCGGUCGUGGAAGCCUUGGACAACCAAGGCGUCCCCACUCAGUACAUAAAGGUACUUCGAGAGUUGUACAGUAACUUCACGACCGGAAUUUCGCCAUUCUACAAGAACAUCAUCAUUGACGUGAAGAGGGGGAUCCGACAGGGUGGUACAAUCUCACCCAAAAUAUUCACAGCCAUCCUCGAGAACGCAAUGCGAAAGUUGGAAUGGGACGACAUGGGAGUGAAGGUCGACGGCCGGCAGCUACACCAUUUGCGCUUCGCUGAUGACAUCGUAUUGAUAAUACCUAGCAUCAGCCAAGCGGAACGAAUGCUGACCGAGUUCGACGAAACAUGUAGAUGCAUCGGUCUUCAGCUGAAUCUGCAAAAGACGAUACUCAUGCGCAACGGAUGGGUCUCGGAUGCUCCAUUCACGCUCAACAGAACCAACAUAUCCGAAUGCAGAUACUUUUAUCUGGAUCGGGAAUUGAACGUGAUGAACGACCUGACGCCCGAGCUGGGCAAGAGGAGAGCGGCUUGGUGA